UUGCAGCAUUGCGGCUCCCCCCUCCCAUCUCGCGCCUUCCCUCUUGUCUCCCUCUCCUCGAACUGCUAGCCGUCGGUGUGUGUUGUUGUUGAAGCAAUGAUGGCGGCAGCGGGAUGCGGAUCAGCAACCGCGGCUGCCGUAGGAGGCCAAGGUGGAACCGCUACGGCCAGAGGUCGUUUCCCCGGUCGGCCUUGGUCGUCACGCAGUCGUUUGCGCUCCGAGAAGCGAUGGCAACUCGGACGGUCAGGCUUAGAAGCUGAUGAUGUGACUAACGGAGGGCCAAGGCCCGCAAACCUGGUCCUAUCGUUAAACGAAGACCAGUCUCACUUGCGCUUACUUGGGAUAGAGGCGAGCCACAAGAUCCUUGGCCAGGCUGGAUACAGCUCUAGUGGGAGUGAAGAGGUGAGGUCCCAAACCGACCCAGGAGGAGAUGAUUUCAGAGGAUUUGAAGCUGAGAGAAAAAGCUCCAAAGGACCUGUAUGGUCCAGACAAAACCCUUCCAAAGGUGAAGCUGUCAACACAAAAUCUAAAAGACAAAGUGAGAAGUUACCGCUUAAAACGCCAGCAGUGGAGGCAGCUAUUACCCAACCUGAUCCUGUGAAAGAUGUAAAAUCUUCGGAGGAGAUACACGGCUUAUCUCCUGAAGCAGAGCCCGCAAAGGACUGCAGGAAAGGUUCGAAAGGAAAAAACACUAUGGAUCGGCAGUCCACUAAAAGCGGAGCCUCAUCAGCAGCACCUAGGAUUACUAUAAAGUUGGUGGCCAAAAAGAAAAUGAAAACUGUAAAGGAGCCUAAUAAAAAAUCUGUGAAGAAGUUGAAGAUAAAAGGAAUUCAGGAUCCGCCUAAAGCCAAGGACAUUCAGGGCGACCAGAUUUCAAGUGCUCAUGUCAAAUUAAAAGCUGAACCACAUGAGGAUAAACAUGGCACAGAAGAUAAGGGAGGGGGGACAGUACCUGCAAGAAGGCGUGGGAGAUCUGCUGCAAAGACAGAGCCUGUCUCCCAGACUAGCGCCAAAGUUGUGGUUGGAGACCAAAAAUUAAAAGAGAGAAAAGCGGCAGACCAAUUUGACACUGUUAAGGAGACUGGGACUGUAGAGCCAAAAACAAAUGCUAAGAAGUUAAAGCAUAAGGAAAUUGUGACAGAGCAAAGUUCUGAAGUUAAUCAACUCGCCAUUCGCAGGAGCAACAGAGUCACUAACCCACUCUCUAAGAAAGUCUCAGACAGUGCAGCUGAACCAGAAAGUCUGAGUAAAAGUGAUGCCGUUCUGGCAGAGUCAAAGCCUGAAGCUUCUCAAACAGUGGAGGCCAAGCCGUCAGCGAGAAGUGACAGACGGAGACAAAGCAAGAGGCUGAAUAAGGAUGUUACGAUUCCGGAAAACCAUGGUCCAUCAUCCACAGAGACUGAUAAUUUAGCUGUACAAUCCAGUGACAGCUUGCCCUUGGGAACAAGGGUCCCAAGUUUAAAGUUGAAAAAGAUAAGAAACCCAAAAUAUGAUGCACAGAACGGCAGUGGGAAGAACGGCAGUGGGAAGAACUCCACUCGAAAGAAGAAACUGAGAAAAUUUGUCUGGACUUUAACAUUAGAGAAAGGAGGAAGUCAGACUCGGGGUGCAGAAAACACUGUGAAAGUAACAGAGAAGACUGUGAGCGAUGAGGAUCAGUCGACUUUAUGUGACGCCAGUGUCAACAAGAGUUUAAAGGGGACGGAUAAAAAAUCUGAACUGGAUAACUCGGCCCCCGAAGAGAGUAAAAGCUUGGACAAUAAUGAGAAGGCUCCCGAAAACAAGGCUGAUUUGUCGUUUGAGGAAAAGUCCACUUUACAGGUGGAAGUUGAAGUGGAACACGUAAAUGAAACACCUCCUCAAGAAAUGACGAAAACAGAUUGUGGGAAAGUUCCCCCUCUUCAGAUCAAAAAGGUCUCCUCUCCUGGCAAACAUAAAAGCUCAAAGCCAUCCUUUUUAAUUCAGCAAGUUAGUCCCGUGCCUGAGAAGAAAGACGAUGUUCUUAAAGAUCUGUGUGAAAUUAAUGAGGAUAUACCAUCAUGUCUGGAUACUGAAGUCACACCAACUUGGAGACUGAGGAGGAGGACGUCAAGCUUUGAUUCUCCACAAACAAAGUCUGUCAGUCAUACACCAGUGACCACCCAGAAACGAAAGCUAAGAACAAGUCCACGGGAUGAAGAUAGUUCGCAGUUGCACGUUGAAGAUUGUUCUCAGGCUCCAGCUGAAGAUUCCAGCUCACAUGGUCUUCCUAAAAACUCCUGUCAGGUUUUGGCCGAGGACCACCCUCAGGUGGCCAGUGUAAACUCCUCUGAAAUUCCUGAUAAGGAUUCCUCAAAGAUUGCUGAUGAUCUGUCACAGGUGCCAGGUGAAGUUUCUCCACAGAAGGUGGAGAAUGAGGUAGAACCACAGACGAAAGAGGCCAAACCAUUGCCUGUGCCUUCAAAGCCUAGAAGAUGUAGAAAUAAUAAAUUAGGGAAAAAGAGGUCUGUUCAAAGGAAGAAGGCUGUUGUCUCUCCUGAAACUGCUGUUAACACCGAGUUGGCAGCAGUUGAAGCUACUAUCACGGAGUCUGUGCUAAAGGAAGAUACGCAGCCUUUAGAAACAGACGUAACUGAGUUGGAAGCAAAAGAUUGCGCCCAGCCUGAAGCAAAACAGGACACUGUGUCAGUGGAAGAAGAGCAGAUACAGCCACCAGUUAAAGAAGAAACGGACAUUCACUUGAUAGAUAGUCAACAAUCUUUAGUGUCAGAAGGUCAAGCAAAUGAUCCUAAAACACCAUGCCUACAAAGGAAAUCUCUCAAAAAAAUAAAAAAGAGGCGGAAAAGUUUAAUAGGGCAGCGUCAGAAACAUAGGCACAGGAGCAGAGAUGGGAAGUUUGCUCCACUUAAAUCAUCAGAAAAUAGUCCACAAAUUGUUGAGGGGGAUAGUGACAUCUCCACUCCACUGGCAGCUACCACACUGGCCCCAAGCGCUAAACUUAUUGGCAUACAUAAAAAGUACAAAAAGAGACAGGCGGGUCUUCAGUUGUUUGGGUCAAAAAGGCCAAAACCACAAGCUAAAAUAAUUUCUAAGCUGAUAGAAAUAGGGCUCGACAAAGGGAGUUUAAAGCAGGAAGAAACCGACACGUUAGUUGAUGGGGGACAAGCAGAUGUUGUGGACGUCCAGCCCGGUAAAUCAAAGUUUGUAAAAAACAUCAAGCACUUCAUUAUGCCUGUUGUAAGUGCCAGAUCCUCGCGAGUGAUCAAGACCCCGCAAAGGUUUAUGGACGAUGCUGGAAUGUCAGUGUUGCCUCGAAGAAACUCUCCAAAGAAGGGCUUACAACUGGGCUUGCAAAUGCGCCCGGGAAAGAGGCGAGAUGAUGGGACAGGCAGAGCAAUAUCCCCUAUUCUGCCAGUCGACGAGGAGGACAUAUUGAGUGAAGCUCAACUGGACGUUGAUCUUUUUUCAGCUCAGGACCUAGAUGACAACAUUGAUCUCUCCGACAGCCUGUUUUCUGAGAGAAAAAGUGGCAAAUUUGAAAAGAAGAGGUCUCUUCUAAAGAACUCUAGUUUCAAGUGGCAUGUGCCAGAAGAGUCUAGUAAGGAGGUGUAUACACUGGACAAAACUCCGGAGAGCAAAUGUGAGGAUCUGUUUUUAUCUACACCAGUUGAUAAGCCCACAGAACUGUCUAUUGACCUACUGGAUGCUCAGAAAAAGAAAAGUUCCCCGAAGUUCAACAAACAAACCGCUCACCUCAAGAUUUAUCAAAGGCUAAAGAAGGCACACACGGCACUUCCCAAAAGCAAAAACACAACAGAGAUGGAUAGUAUGAGCAAACCUCCUCAGCCUCCCGUUGAUUUAGCAGAAGGACUUGAUGAUGAGGCCAUGAGCAUUAGCCUCAGGCAGCGGAAUACAAACACACAGAAGGACAAGUCCAAGCUCAAGAUAGAAGACCUUGAUUCUCCUGGAGUGGUGAGAAAAGUUUCCGUGUGCGUUAGGACUAUGAACUCCAAGUCCCUUGCAUUUCAGCACGGCAAAGAGGAGGAUUUAGCAGCAAAAGACACUGCCCAACUUCACUCAGGAGAGCUGCAGCCAGAACAGAAGUCAGGCGUAGUUGAAGGCGAGUUUGGAUCUGUGGAGAAGGGACCUUCACAAAGAGCGCGCCUCACUGGUGCAAAUAAAAGAAUGUUCAAUCUCCUCAGGAAAGCCAAGGUCCAGCUCAUUAAGAUUGACCAGCAGAAACAGCUCAAGUCAUCUGGGCUGUUAUGUGGCCCGACUGGCGCCAGGUCUCGGGAUGUGACCUCUAAGAGACAAAGGAGGAAGCAGAGGGUUCAGCUUGAUGCUGAUGUUCCAGUCAAGACAGAGCCACCCCAAGGACAACCGCAGCUCAUCUCCCCACUGUGCCAGGAGUUCCGUAGAGCAGGAGGUCCACGAAUCAAGCAUGUGUGUCGUGCUGCGUCUGUGGUGCUGGGGCAGCCUCGAGCCUUGGUUCCAGAUGACAUUCCCAGGCUCAGCGCCUUGCCUCUUCAUGAAAGAACUGGCAUUUCCCCUUCAGACGUCGCUAAAGAUGUUGGGUCUCCCUCUGAGUCAGACAGUCCCGGGCUGUCAGAUCCAAAGGUCACCAAGGCCAAGAAGCCGUCAAAUUUUGUGAAACGGAAAGGACUCGGGCCAUUUGGUUAUCGCUCUCGGAGGUGUGGCGUAUGCAAAGGCUGCAACCAUGAGGACGAUUGUGGCAAGUGCAUGAACUGCCUUGACAAACCCAAGUUUGGUGGUCCCAAUACCAAACGACAGUGCUGCGUGUAUAAGAGAUGUGAUCAAAUUGAAGAGAGAAAAGCACGCAGACUAAGUGGAAGAACAGCCCCCAAAGGUUCCUCUAAGCGACGGCGAUCCUCUCUCAGCGGGGGGCAUUCAAGUAACGACGAAGGGAAUGAGGCUGCUGCGGACUCGCCAUCUGGUCUUCCGGGUGACAGCCACAGUCCGUCAGUAAGGAAGCAGCCAAAGCGUGUUGUGAAACCCCGCGUCUACUUUGACCUGGUGGACUACGACUCGGAUCUGGAUGACAAAGCUGUCCAAAGCUCUGCCUCGCCAGCCAGGAGAAGGGGCGCUGGACCCCGUUUCAGCCAAGACUUUGUGUCACUGGAUGGAUUCCUUGGAGACAUUUCAGAUGAUGAAGUCAGGCAUCGAAAGUCCAGCUCCCAUCGUGUGCCAUCUGGCCGACGUAAAGCUGAAAAGGGUCCUUUGGAGCAGACUCCUCCCAGUGUGCUGGCUGCCCUAGCCCAUGGGUUUGAGCAGAGAGAGGUUGAGUGUUCCAAGCCUACUCACAAAAUCAGGGUUGACUUCAAGUCUGCACCGCUCAUGCCACCCUAUGUCUGCUUCCUUUGCGCUAGUAAAGGGCAACAUGAGAUGCUGUAUUGCCAAGUAUGCUGUGAGCCCUUCCACCAGUUUUGCCUUGAACCAGCGGAGCGCCCCUCUGAGGAGAACAAGGAAAACUGGUGCUGUCGUCGCUGCAAGUUUUGCCAUGUGUGUGGCAGGAAAAGCAAGCACUCAAAGCCAUUGAUGGAGUGUGAACGAUGCCAGAACUGUUAUCAUACUUCCUGUCUGGGACCCAACUAUCCAAAACAAAACAAAAAGAGGAAAGCUUGGGUUUGUAUGACAUGCAUCAGGUGUAAAAGUUGUGGUGUAACUCCAGGGAAGAGUUGGGAUACUGACUGGAACCACGACAAAGGACUUUGUCCAGACUGUUCAAAACUCUAUGAACUGGGGAACUACUGUCCAAUCUGCUUCAAGUGCUAUGAGGACAAUGACUAUGACAGUCAGAUGAUGCAGUGUGGCACCUGUAACCAUUGGGUACAUGCCAAGUGUGAGGAUCUAACAGAUGAGCUGUAUGAGAUCCUGUCCAGCUUGCCUGAGAGUGUAGUGUAUUCGUGUCGGCCGUGCAGUGUGACCCAACCGAGUGCCUGGAGAGAGCUGCUCUACAUUGAGCUCAGGGCUGGCGUGGAAAAAGUUCUGGCUUGCUUGCUUUCCUCAACCCUCACCCAGCACCUUGUUACCUGCUCACAGUGUGAGAAGUUGGUUGAUCCUGACAGUGGUAUAGAAGGACAGCCAGCCUGUGACCUCCGAGCUGUAGGCAAGAAGUUUGACAAAGGCCUUUAUACCACGUUGAAAAUGUUCCAUGAAGAUGUGGUUCAGGUGGUGCGAAAGAGGCUUGAACAAGAGGAGGAUCUUCCCGAGGAGCAGAGACCCACUGCCCUAGCACGCUCUUACUACUUAAAGCUUCUCGAGGAGGUAUUUAAUUGGUUCAACAGCCAAGACCCAAAGGUGUGGAACCCUUGUACCAAAGACUUGCCCAUGGGGAUGUUGUCCCAUGCUGUUCAUCCUCCUACAACGGAGCAUGUUUAUGCCCAGUGGCAGGAGAGGGAGGAGCUCUUGUCCAUGGCUCCGCUGGGGCUCUUGCAGGAGGACAAUGUACAAAGCUUAGAUGUAAAGGAAGAAGAGGCAGUCUGUCCGAUGUCUGGGGAGCCAACAAGCCGGAACCACUUCAAAACCAGCAGGGCUGUCAGGCUCAAAUUAAAAGGGAAAAGGGGCCGGCUUUCAAAGGCUGAUUUAGACACUGGAUGGUCUAAAGAUGAUGAGAGACAGUGCUCUUUGUGCCAAAAAUAUGGAGAUCUCAAACCUAAUGAAGCAGGCAGGUUGCUGUACUUGGGCCAGAAUGAGUGGGCACAUGUCAACUGCUGUCUGUGGUCAGCUGAGGUGUUUGAAGAGGAGAAUGGCUCUCUACUGCAUGUACACAGUGCUGUCACAAGGGGCCGCUUGAUGCGGUGUGAACGCUGCAACCAAACAGGUGCCACAGUGGGCUGCUGCCUGACAUCUUGUCAAAGCAACUAUCACUUUAUGUGUGCCCGCUCCCGUCACUGUGUGUUCCAGGACGAUAAGAAGGUCUACUGCUACAAACACCGACAUCUCAUCAGUGGCAGGAUGAUAACUGGUCAAGAAUUUGAAGUAAACCGCAGAGUGUAUGUGGAUUUUGAGGGCAUCAGCCUUCGCAGAAAAUUCAUGACUGGACUGGAACCAGAGUUAAUCAACGUGAUGAUUGGCUCUUUGCAGAUAGACAGACUGGGUGUGCUGACAGAACUUUCAGCCUGCAAAGGAAAACUGUGUCCUGUGGGUUUUCAGUGUUCUCGUUGGUACUGGAGUACAGUUAAUCCAUUGCGCCGGUGCAAAUACACAUGUACAGUCCGGGAGGUUCGACCCGUUGUCCCUGAGAAGCCAGUUGAGGAGAUGCCUGACCAAGGAGACAAUCACACCAUUGCUCACAGCCCCUGUCCACUACCUGAAUCUGAAGUUCCUGAGACUGAUGUAAGAGAACCCCAACCCCCAACAGAGGAAACCUUUGUCCCAGGACCUCCCCCCAAGUCAGAUCAUGGUGCAAGGCCAAAGAUUCCCACCUAUCCUCAAACCCGGAGACCAGCUGGAGGAAUGUCCCGACCUCUGCCAUCCCCAGGACUAGGCCAGCUGAAACCUCACCACAUAUUAACCAUAAGUGACCUGGAGGACACUCGACGGGUUCGACGCCACAGCCCACACUCACAGACAACAGGCCCUCGUGGUCACAUGUCCCCCCCUCCUCUGGGCCCUCUGACUGGACCAAUUACCCUCCGUGCUGGAAAAUCUUCCCUUCCCACUUCCCCACAGUUCCCACUUGGUGCUACAGACAGCCUGAUAAAUUCUCCAUCAUCCCGCCCAGUCGGAGGUAGAAGUGCUUCCUCAGUCCGAUGCCCUGGAAAUACAAUGACCCAUUGUACCUCAACUUUUUUUCCUCAGUCUAGCUGGCAGGACAGUGCGGGUAGCUUUCCCUCACCAAGUCUAUCUUUCUCUUCACCCAUACAACAUCUACCCAGAAAUCGCUUGUCAUUUGACCUGAACCAGUCAGACUCGGUCGAGGUGCCGCACAAUUUUUUAGCGUCACCAGAACCUGAAGAUGUCUCUCCAGCAAAUGGUACGUCACCACAGGGGGACUUAGACCAACAGAAGGGUGAAGAAGAAUUUCCCUACAGUUCAUUCCACAAGGACCCUAGCAUGAGUCUCGGCCAAGAGAUGAGGACAGAGUUGGAGAUUGAAGAGACACUCCUGAAUGAAGGUGUGGCAAUGAAUUGUGGGGGGCAAAUAGUGGUGGAAGGUGAUGAUCAGGAGGAAUUUUGGGAAAGAGCCCCAGAGGUACACAAGAAGAAGACUCUUGUUGCCAACCUGCCACGGUCUGCAGCCUCAGCCAGGGAUGAUGUAGGCAACACCUCAUCUGAUGAUGAUAUGGAGCACUAUUUUGACUUCUCGCGGACAAUAGUCAGCUGCCCCGGAUCAAAAGAUCAUUCCAAGUCUCCGUCCUCCCCUUCCUCCCGGUCUAUGGCUCAGCUGGAUGGUGUAGAUGACGGUACAGAGAGUGAUGCAAGCAUUGCGACUAACGACGAUGUUCAGAAAGUUGAGGGUGCUAGUCGAGCUCAGAUACAAGCCAAAAACCUAAAUAAUAAAAAUGUUGCAGAAUCGGAAACUACAAACGGUACACAGGCUGUUCAGUGUCUGUUCCCUCAAGCAUCAUCCAAUGAUAAGCACACAGAUUCGUCUUCAGUCACCAUUUCAGUUGCCAGCAAAAGACCUACAGAUAGUUCACCUCAUGCUCCACCUAAAUCCAGUCAGUCAAAUGAGGACAACAUGGGAUUUAUUUCUCCACGCAUUUCCAGAAACCCUCCACUUGAAGAGCAAAGCUCUGACACUCCUUUAAUAAAUCAGGAGACCGUGCUUCCUACUCCAGUUCAUGAUGCUCUGCCAAACUUACUCACAAAGGUGCCUGAGACCUCGUAUUCAGAGGACUUAUUCCAGGGUUCCAGUUUAGGAUUUGCCUCUGGAACACCCCUUGUUCUUGAGAGAUGUGAUGCUAGUCCAAAUUUAACUGAGAUGGUUCCUUUGCUAGAAGGCACAGCGCUUGAAACCCAACAAUCCGAAGCUCGUAAACCCCUGAACUUAGAAUCUGGCAGCAGCCACUGUGUGUCAUCAGCUGAGGGGUCUGCUGUAUUAAUGAACCACUUAACAGCUAAUGCAAUGGAACCAUCAUCAGCAAAUUCAGCAGAUAACAGUCAGGGUGCCCUGUUGGAUCUUCUUCAACCUUCCCCUUUAAUGUCUACAGAUGUACCAAACCCUUCUCAAGGCCUUGUAGACUCUCUGCAGAUGUAUUCCUGUUUACCAGGUUUCAGUCACCCCCCUCUAACAAGUAUCACACUUCAGCCAGUAACAUCCUCGCAAGAGUCAGCAACCUUCCCAUCUAUGGAGCCAAUGUCUACUAAACUAACCACCCUCACUACUGUGAGUGACGUGGCGCAAACACUGCUAAAUGUUGCCCCUCAAAAUGAUCCAGUGUUAUCAGUUACAUCGGGCACUUGUCCCCCAGCAGGAACUUGUGGAACGGUCACUCUGCCUAUCUACUCCACACAAGCGCAGCCAUUGGGUUCUACAGCUGUCACCAUCGUUUCUUCCUCUGCGUCGAUAUCGUCCCUUUCUGGACUGUCAACACUGUGUUCAGCUGCUCCAACAACAGUCCAUACCACCUCAGCCCCCGUUAUAUUAAAUGGUUACAGCUCUUCGUCUGUGCAGAAGGAAGCUACAUCUGGGCACACCAUCUCGAUCAACUUUUCUACACCCAGGCCAGCUUUAGAACCUCAACAGCCAGUGGUUCCCCAGGCUUUGCCCGGACAUGCUAUCCUUACUGUGAAGGAGGUGGGUGGUCCAAAUGUGGAUCCUACACCACAUGUCCUGCUGGUGAACCGCCUUGGACAGAUCUUUGUGAAGAACCCAGAAAGUAAUACUUUUCAACUGCCCACUCCCAACUCCCCCUCUUACAACUGUGUCACUCAGAUUGCCAGCCUUUUGCAAAGCAAUGCACUGUCAGCCACACUAGCAGCAGCUGGUAAUAUGACGGCUCCACCACCUGGGGCCAACAUAGUAACAGCAGUUCCUCCGUCGGUUACACCUACAGUUCAGAAUCCAACCACAAUUACACAGCUGCUUACUCACAACAGCAACGGUGCAGUGGCAUCAGUUAAUGUGAAGAAGCCAAGAAAGAAUACAAAAACAUCAAAAGAUGAACCAGUUCCAGAGUUGAAAAAAACAAAGAAAAAGAAGGAGUCUAGCACAUCCAGAAAAUCCAAGUGCUCCAAAGCCCCAGCGCAGCCUGCUCUGUCAACUGAGAAUCCUCCCAUGACUCCUGCUGAAAGCGCUCAAGCAAUUAUCAAUCAAGCAAUGGCAAGUAACUACACUCCCAAGUGGAGUGGGCUUCGAACACUCAGCCCUUCCUCACUGGUAUUACCACCUGGCCUGUUAAUCGAACCGGAACCUCCAGUGUUGCCUCACUCGCCAUUACCAACACCAGCACCAGCUCCUGUAUCCCGCCCUCGCACCCACGUCCGCAUGAAGAGAGUGUCUUCACUUUCAGACCGUAUUGUCACAAAGAAAUCUAAAGUUGACUUCCUACAACCAGAGCCCAUCAGUAAGGACGAGGAGCGCUGCAGACCUACCUUUCCAAGCAUCUCCAGCAGGGCUUCAGGAGUCCGAAUCAAGACCCCAACAGUGAAAGGAGUACUGAACCUGGACGAGUUAAAGGAGGAGCAUAUAAGCGAUUCUGAUAGCUCAGGAUCCGAGCCUUGGGAUUAUAUGUCUCGUGGCGAACAAGGCAAACCAAAUGCUUGGGAACCAGUGGGACACAGCACCCUGACUGACUGGAACAAAUACUCUGGUGCUGCUUCUACCUCAGAUGAUGAAACACCACCGUCAGGGGAGGAUGAGGAAUGUCCAACCAACAGAGACCAGCCACAUUUAAAAUUUGAGAUAACCAGUGAUGAUGGUUUCAGUGUAGAGGCAGACAGUAUUGAGGUGGCUUGGAAAGCAGUGAUAGACGGGGUGCAGGAGGCACGAGCAAUUGCAAGGUUACGACCUCUGACCUUUCGGAGGAUCACCGGUGCUUCUAUGCUGGGUCUGGUCCAUGAUGCCGUGGUGUUCUUGCUUGAGCAACUUCAAGGAGCCCAUCGCUGUCAGCGCCAUAGCUUCCGUUUCUUUAAACAGUUCAGCCAGGAGGACGACCUUCCUGUCAAUCCAAGUGGUUGUGCACGCUCUGAGCUGUACCUUAGGAAGUCUACAUUUGAUAUCUUUAACUUCCUGGCUUCUCAGCAUAGACAGCUUCCUGACAUUGGGCCGUACGAUGAUGAGGAAGAUGAAGUUCUUUUGAAGUCUACAAGACGAGCUACUAGUUUGGAGUUGCCCAUGGCCAUGCGCUUCAGACAUCUGGAAAGGACAUCCAAGGAGGCUGUAGGCGUGUACAGGUCUGCUAUCCACGGGCGCGGUCUCUUCUGCAAGAGGAACAUUGAAGCAGGGGAGAUGGUUAUUGAAUAUGCAGGCAUCGUCAUUCGCUCAGUGCUCACUGACAAAAGGGAGAAGUACUACGAUGGCAAGGGCAUUGGCUGUUACAUGUUCCGCAUUGAUGACUUUGAUGUGGUGGAUGCAACCAUGCACGGUAACGCCGCAAGAUUCAUCAACCACUCCUGUGAGCCUAACUGCUACUCUCGAGUGAUCAACGUGGAAGGCCGGAAGCAUAUCGUCAUCUUUGCUCUUCGGAAGAUCUACAGAGGGGAGGAGCUCACUUACGACUACAAGUUCCCCAUUGAAGACGCCAGCAACAAACUCAACUGCAACUGUGGGGCCCGGCGAUGUCGCCGUUUCCUCAACUGAGACAUCCCUCGUAUGUAAAGGAGAGGAUCCUGUUUACUAGUAAGCCUUAAAUUAAGGUGGCACUGGAUUGGGCUUGGGGAGGCAGUGGGCAGUCCACACAGCAAGGGAAUUAGCCACUAUGAGACCAGUCAGGAAUAUUUGGUGGUUCAGAAGUGAUACGUGGACAUUUUAUCGAUUGGAAUAGUAUAAGAAGAGGACGAAGAGGAGAACCUGCACAGAAAAUGCAUUAACCUUUUGAGAAGUUUCUUGCCUGAUAUCUGUUCACACGUUACUGCCUGUGAAGAGUCCAGACAGCUGUUAAUAUUUUGGAGGAAGUGGUUUUGGUGGUCGUAAUAACAGAACAUUUGAACCGGAUGUGUAAAAUGUAGGGGGUUCCUGCAUCAGUGUGGACGACACCAACAAAAUUCCUUUGAUACACACGUCAAGCCUUAUCUGUUUGAAUCAUUGCUGAAAACCUAUAGCUAGGCUUUGAGAGAUUCCUUAUGUUUUAUUCAUUUCUGCGGGGGGGGAGGAUGUCUGUCUAUAUACACUUGUAAUCAUGAUUGCUCCAUCCUCCAGUGAUGGGAACAUUAUAGCCCCAUCUGUGUAGUGGUGAAGUCAGUUCUUGAGCCAUACAUUCACCGAAACCUUCAUUUUGUGUGUUUUAUCUUACAUUUAACACUUCUCACAUUGUUAAUAUUUCUUCUUUUUAGACAUUUUUUUAUUUGUGAAUAACAACAACCAUGGUGCUAAGCUUUGAAAGGUCUUUAAAGUCUUUAGUUUGGACUAAGGUGUCCUGCAAAUCAGGAAUUGUUUAGCUGUUCAUUCACCCUGCUGAGACCAUUUAUCUUAAAUUUAUGCACUCGAGCAGUACUCUUCUCAUCAUUUUAAUAGAAAGUGUCUGCUAAGUUAGGUCUGCUGUUUUCUACCCACACUCUUCCUCUGUUGAGUCUAAAAUAGAUUAUUGCCAUGCAACGGUUUCAGUCAGUAAAAUUGUGUCAUAUUUAUAAAGACAGCAACGUGUCUUUCUUCAUGUACAGUGUAUGUAGCAAACACUACCCAAGCCAAAAGUGAAGAGUUGUGGUGAAUAUCAGUUUUUUAAAUAUAUAUUUUAUUACUCUCAUGGCAGAUGCUCAUUACCUAUUGCAAUAAGACUUUGCUGCCCUACAGUUGCACAUAACUAACCAUCAAACAUACAAAUGAUCUCCAUCUUUGUAAAAACCUGCUACAGUUUCUCUUAAUCAGGGAGAGCAUCGGUAUGAAGCAUUGCCACUGAGUAUGUGUGUGUGUAUUCAGCUCCUGCGCCAGGCUUGAGACUUUCUAGAUGUUGCUGUUGCAGAAAACGUUGAGAGAAUGCAAUCAGCACCUUAAAAUAAUGUUUAAUGUUGUUCUUAGUCAAUGUUCAGUGCUGUCAUUGAUAAGGCUAAUCUGAUUCACACACUGUUAAAAUUGGUAGUUAUAUUUAUUCGUGUUUUGAUUCAUAAUUUUAAAUGGUAAAAGGUUGUGCUUUGUACAAACGGUGGCGGUCUGGUGUAUUAGGAGAUCUCCACCAUUUGCAUUUUCUUUUCUUUCUGUUUUUCUUUCUUUUUUGUUUACGAAUGAUGUCCUUUGUUUCACUAAUUUACUUGAAUUUUCUUUUGGGGCAGUUGUCAUGCAUUUAAGCUGUUAUGACAGAAAUUGUUCUAAAGCAGGUAUUUUUAAAGAAUCAUUCUUAUUUUAUUUUUUGUUAUGGUAGAUUACUGACGGUCUUAGAAUCAGCCACAGGAGUAAAGUGAGCACUGUUUGCCUCCCCAAGCCCAUGUUCAUCUUUUUUUUUUCUUUUUUUUUUUUCUCCCAACCCUUUAUUUCUUCAGGCUUAUUAGAGCAAAUUUCCAUUGUGUUUUGUCUUGAUCUUAAUCCCCUUUUCCUUCUUGCAUGUCCAAUCACUGGGAUGGAGCCCAGAUUAACUUGUGUCAAUCACCUAGCUGACAACAAGAGCAGAGUCACUCCCAACUCCUUGCAAGGAUUCUACCUCAGCUGUUUACACAGAUGUUUGGGAAUACUGAUGCAAAAAGAGAGGAUGAUAAUUUAAGUGUAGGGUGGUUUUAAUGUCCUGCAGAGCUUGUGUGUGUGUGUAUGCGUGUGUGUGCGUAUGUGUUUUUGUUGGUUUGUUUGGUGGGUGGGUCUGUCAUUUUGUGUUUGUGUGUGUGUGUGUGUGUGGUGUGUGUGUGUGUGUGUGUGUGUGUGUUGGCAAUGAAGGAUACAAAGCACUAGUCAGAA